GGUUUUCGAGCUACUGCCCGGGCGGUACCUUUAGCCAGUUGUUUGAAGCUUGACGCCGAGUUUGGUUAUACCAUAAUAGACACAUCAAAUAAUCCAAAACCCUCAGGAGGCCGCUGUUCUAUUCCAGCCAGCUCCCCAGACUCCGACCUUUUUGCUGUUCACGAUCAGCUGCCACACUGUAGCAUUAUUGAGACACCAAUUAAUGUGGCGUUCGAUCGUAGUCCCCCUCAGUUUUUAAACAAAGAACACUUCGAACAUUUUCCAUCUUUGAAUCUCCAAGUUCCGUCUGUUUUCAAACUCGUGUUGGAUGGUCUACGACCCUUUUUGUGUUAUUCCUUGGAGUUUGAAGCGAUGGCAACUCAUGUCAACUCCAAUCGUUUCUUCAGUAAAAAGAGUUCUUCCUUCACUGUGCUGACGUACGACAGCCCUCCUGCUGGCGCUCCCAAAGUCAUGCUCGCUCGCUGGCUUCAAAAUGGCACCGUACUUGAUAUUAGUUGGCAGCCUCCUGUUGAAUGGGAACAGGGAGGAUUCCUCACUGGAUAUACUUUGUGGGUACUGACCUCCUCCUCAUCCUUCAACCAAAACUUCAGAAUUGGACCAGAGCAACGAUCGUUGCUAAUCCGAAAGCUAGACGCAUGGACCAACUACACCAUUUAUCUAGCUGCUGAAAAUUGUCGGGGCGAGGGGAUUCGCUCCCAACCUAUUCACAUCUUUGCUGAACCCCCAAACAAUGUCGCAAAGCUGUUCUCUUCCUCCACCCAUUCUGGUACUAUUCAGCAGUUGGUACAUCGGCAGAUAAUUUAUGAUGGUCGUGAGGCGAUGACUGAAGCUCCUUUGCUUCCUUACUUUGAUGCAGCUAACGUGAUGAUGCGCGCUUCUGAAUCACCCGAGGAAGAAAGCCUGACUCGUGAACCGUGGUUUAUUAUUGCGGUGAUCGCCUUCGUUCUUUUGUGGAUCUUGAUUGUGCUUGGUUUGGUCUUAUGCGGUCGCUAUCGGAGCCGAAGUCAACGACGUCGACUGGAUAUGGGAGACACAGAUGUGACUACCAAGAACGGACGACCGGUAUCAGCAACGGAUCUUUAUCUCAUUCACUCUUGGCCGCCAUCAACUCUCCCACAAGAGGCUCAUCCGCUGGUUUCGAAUUUCGAUUCUAACGUAUACUCUGACAAAUCUAUGAUUGGAAAUGGCUAUCCAUCUCUAAUGGUUCAAUCCAAUGGGUUGCUUCCUCCCAUUACGUUCGGUCCGCAGUCGAUAGGUGGUAAUGGAGGCACACAAGCAACAGUCGUCACGGGAUAUCCCUACAAUCCGCAACAUUCCAUUGGGCCGCAGGGUACAGCUUACGUCACGUCGGGGUCACCAAUAAAGCGCGAAGCGGGAUCGACCAUGGCCCCCGUGAACCACGCCAUUGGUGGAAAUAUCCAUGGCUGGUCUGGCAUCCUGCCUACCGGUUUAGCCAUGACUACCGGACCCUUGCUCAUAAAGGCCGCAUAUAUUCCCAGCAAGUAUGAGCACCACCUCUAA